AUGACUGACGAUAUUGCUGAUGUUUUUCAUUUUUAUGAUAAUAAAGGAGACAAACGAAUUUCAGCUUCACAAAUUCCCAUAUGUCUUCGUUCUUUGGAAUUGAAACCGACGGAAGCCAUGAUUGAGCAAUUAACAGUUGCAUGGAAAGAUAAACCAGAAAGCAGAAUAACAAUGGAAGAAUUCAUUCCAAUCUAUAAUGAUCUUCGUGAUAAGUGUGGCCAAUCAACAUCCUCUGAAACGCUGACGAAUUUGCUUUCGUUAUAUGAUCGUGACAGUACGGGAAGCAUUACGUUAGCUGAUUUAUCGCUUAUGCUCCAAAACACAGGUGAAAAGAUGAGUUCUGCUGACGUCGACGAUAUACUCUCUGGACUGGAUAUGUCAGAAGGCAAAAUAGCUAUAAGCGAUAUCGUUCGUCUACUUGUUUCAGUAUGA